AUGCCAAUGUGGGCAUGCGACUCCGACGGUUGCUCGAAACCCGCAGUCCGUAACGCUGGUGACUGCAUUUUAUGUAACCGUCACCUUUGCUCCUUACACCUGCAGAGUCCAUAUCAUCAAUGUCCCUCAUGGGAGGACGCCGAUCACUACGAUCCCGCCGCCGGGGAAGCCGAGAGAAAAGAGAUAGAAAGGCUGCUUCAAAAAAUCAACAAGGAAGCUCUGGCCGCGCGUGCGAGCGAGCUGCGAGAUGGGAUGCCUUGCACCAUCCCUGCACUCCAGUACGAUGGAUCCAAACGGAGCUCUAUCAUGGGUGGUAUGAACUACCACAUCGACAUCGUUUUCGAAGAUGGUGUUGUUUGGCUGGCACGCAUCCGCCGUUUCGAUGCUGCCUCUCCUCCACCCGCUUUGCGGGAUCACAUUUUCCAGAGCGAAGUCGCCACGAUGAAGUUCCUCGAGGAAGUCGCAAUACCGACUCCGAGGGUGUUUGAUUUUGCCCUGGAAAGCGAGGAGAAUCCCGUUGGCGUUGGGUAUAUGCUGAUUGAGAAAAUGCCGGGAACGUCCCUACGGUGGUCACUUGCUUCGCCGGAUCAGCGGAGGAAGGUUGUGGAACAACUUGCGGAUAUGCUGAUCGAGCUGCGAAAACAUCCGUUUGACAAGAUGGGGUCCCUUGAACUUAGUGCUUCUGGUCCUCUUCACAUUGGGGCUUUUGCACGCGAGUCGCUUACGGAUUUCGACCGUAGUCGCAUCUCGGCCUUAGGCCCGUAUUCCUCGCUCGAGGAAUAUCAUACUGCUUCCAUCAGACUCAUCCUAGAUUUGAUCCUACGAGAGGAAAUGUACUCCCAAAACCCCAUCGACGCAUACCUCAUCCACCGCUUCCUCCUCGACCUCAUCCCCUCUGUCCUCCCUCCUCCUUCCUUCCGGCAAAACACCAAAGAUCAUCACUUCUUCCUCAAACACGCCGACGACAAAGGCGACCAUAUCCUCGUCGACGACGACUACAACAUCACCGCGCUCAUCGAUUGGGAGUGGGCUUACACCGCCCCCGAACCGCUCGCGUUCAACUCGCCCGUCGGACUCCUCCCCGUAGCAGAGUUCUACAACGGCGUCAACGCAUUGGGUGAGGAGGAGGAGUGGCUGGCGCAGAUGUUCGAAUUGAGGGGGCACUUGGGUCUAGCGCGGGCGGUGAGAGGGGGUCGCGUGCAGCACUUCUUUGCGUUUUGUUGUGGGUAUGAUCUUUCGGAUUGGAAGGGGUUUCUUGGGUUAUUUAGGGGUUUGAGGGAUGCGGUUGGUGUGGAUCCCGGGUUGGGAUGGGAGGAGUGGAAAGGGGUGGCUUUGGAGCGGUAUCGGGGGGAUGAGGGGUUGAGGGUUUUACUGGGGAGGGUAUGA